CGAGAAGUGAGCUCCGUGGAGCUGAGCGCGCGCGGCGACACUCGGGCUUAACAAGGAGCAGCACUCGCUGCUAGGGAGAGGAUGCUGACUGACGAGCAGAAGCAGUUCUACGCCGAGAACGGCUACGUCCUGCUGGACGACGUGUUCUCGAAGGAGGAGGUGGACGAGAUCAGCAGGGAGUAUGACUCUGUGUUCGCCAGGGCCCAGGGGACCAACAGUCAGAUGGACGGAACCUGGACCGGAGACUGGCAGAGGGACGGCAUGCCGGACGGCAGGAACUUCACCGUGCAUUCGAUCCACAACCUGCAGUUCCACAGCGCCACCUUUAUGAGGAUGCUGGUGCACCAGCGCAUGAUGGAGGCCUGCAGUGACGUCAUGGGCACACAGAACAUCCUGCUGCACCACACCAAGGCGCACGUGAAGCCGCCGGGCCGCGGCUCGCCGUACCCUAUGCACCAGGAUUACCACUACUUUCCCUUUCGCCACGACUCAAUGGUGGCCGUGUUCAUCCACCUGGACGACUCGGACGUGGAGAACGGCUGUCUGGCCGUGUACCCGGGCUCCCACAAGCUGGGGCCGCAGAAGGACUGCAGUUCUGACCCCGGCUUUCACCACCUGGACCAGGAGCAGUUUCCGCUGUCGAAGGCGUCAGCACUGGAGGGCCGCCGGGGUCAGGUGGCCAUCUUCUCCUACCUGCUGAUCCACGGCAGCUACCCCAACCUCUCGGAGCGCACUCGGCGCAUGCUACUCGUCCAGCUGAUGGCGGCCGAGGACGAGCCGCUGAAGAUGAUGCACGUCUCGCCGGGCCAGGGCCUCUGUCUGCUGGGCACCAACAGUCGCGCAGACACAGACAUCAGGCGCAGACACCAGCCGGCCGAGGCGACAGACUGAGCGGCCUGGGGCGGGCUCGGGCGGA